AUGACGACCAUCAGCAACGUGGUCGUCACCAAGAUGCGCAUCGACGGGGGCGCUGGCCUCAAAGUCCUCUCCGUGGAAACCAUCGACAUGCUUCAAGUGCCUUAUGACCAGCUCUUGCCGACUAGGUCGUUCCCUGGGGUAGCCCGCGGAUCCACCACCCCCCCGGGACAGGUGCGCCUUCCGGUCACAUUCGGCAAGCGCGGAAACUGCCGCACCAAGCUGAUCGACUUUGAUGUAGCGCACAUCGGCCUUCCUCACAAUGCCAUCUUGGGAUAUCCCGCGCUCACCAAAUUCAUGGCGGUGACCCGCCCUGGCUACAUCGUCAUCAAAAUGCCAGGCAGCGGCGACAUCGUCACCAUGGUUGGGGACAUGAAGGGUGUGGUCUGA